GCAUAUGUAUGUGCAACCAUUCCUAAUUCAUACAUUGAAGAAUUCAUCAUUGCAGGUUGGCAAACAACAGGAGACAAGCAACCUGCGCCGAACAUGUUCGCAGACGACGAAUUUGGUCGUAAUCAAAACAAAUCACACGGGAAGAAAACUAUCAACAAAUCAUCGCAAACAAAGGCUACUCGCAAACGGAAGAAACAGCCAGCAGACCCACACGGUGCAAAUCGAUUAAGGUCUCCGUCAAAAAGGCAACAUAAAUCAAUAUAUGACAAGGACGGUGACUUUGUUUACUAUGGCCAGAACAAGCCAACGCAGCCACUAUACAUGACAAAAAAUGCUGAUUUUAAGUGCAGCGAUCAAGAUGCUCCUACUAUUGAAUACAUCAAGUCCUCGACGGACAAUGAACAAUUGGUGCAUAUCAAAGAUAUUGUCAUAACAAGAAAUAAUCUGGAAAUUCUUUUUCAUAAGGACAGAUGGCUGGACGACCAAGUAACUAAACCUAUAUAUAUUAUUCCUAUGCAAAUAUUAACAUAUCAUCUAAAGUGAAUUGUUAUUUGCGUACA